UGUUCCUCAAAUGUUGCGAGGCUGUUGUAGUGCCAGCCCAGCGACAAGGACGCAGGAACAUUUUGGUCACGCAAAAAGGAGAACUCAGAAGUUAGGACGUUUGUGUUAGUCUGAGGCUGGGGUUUUGAGUUUUAUUAUCUUUGUCUUUUGCCUAUCAAACUUGGAAAUGUUUAACAGUUUUCAUAGGGAGUUUGAUGAAGACCCGUUCUUUACUGGCGAUCCCUUCCGGGCACACCAUCAGAUGAUGAGGAGCUUCUCCGACCCCUUUGGAAGAGAUCCCUUUCUGAGUAUCACUGAUGGAAGAGAAAGAACUAGAGAUCAGCGUGGGUCCUCCGAUUCCAACAUGGCACUGAGAGAGGAUCACAGGGCUGCAGAUGGAAGGAGUCCUUUCAGCAUGGUGGACAGCAUGAUGGCAAACAUGAGGAACACGAUGAGAGACAUGCACAGAAACAUUGAUAACUUCUCUCUGGACUCCAAUGCACACUCGUUCUCCUCGUCUUCAGUGAUGAUGUACUCAAAGGUCGGGGACGAACAUGCAAAGGUUUUCCAGGCUUCAAGUCAAACUCGCAGAGUUCCAGGAGGGAUCAAAGAGACUAGACGGUCACUGAAGGAUUCUGAGAGCGGGAUAGAGAAGAUGGCUAUUGGGCAUCACAUCCAUGACCGUGCGCAUGUCAUCGCGCAGUCUCAAAACAAGAAGACUGGCGAUCAGGAAAGGAACGAAGAAUUUCUCAACUUAGAUGAAACUGAAGCCCAGUCAUUUGAUGAAGAGUGGCAGAGGGGAGUUUCAAAAUUCAAGCCAUCUGUGCCCCUGUCCCACUUGGAGGUACCUAAACAUAGAACUGUCCACUGCGCAGCGAUAGCCAAACCUGAUGAUGCAGCAAGAAGAGAGAAGCAUCUCCCGAAGGCUCCCGAAGAAGCAAAAACAAUACAUUUGAAAUAACUGAGUGUGAAAGGAUCGGGAUUGAAAAACAGCCAUCAAUAAAAUAAUAAAAUCAGGGCAACACAUUUUGGUGCUUCAUCGUUUAUCCAAAACCAAUCGUACUUGGUUUUAAAUGUUGGUUUGCAUUUAUAGAUCAAUCUUAUAGUUUACUGACUGUUGAAUGUUCUUUUUACUACCUUCAAAUCAACAGCUAGAAUGAUCAUUUUGUCAUUUUCAAAUCGAUUCAUAAGGUAAUGCACUUGUACAAAAUGUGUACAGCAUGAUACCUGUGCUAUUUUUUUUUUUUUUUUAAUAUUGAUCUUCCUAGUUACAAAAUAUCUCAAUUCGUUCUCAUAUGGAUCAGUUCAAUAGCAGAUAAGAACGUGUAAAAUUGUAAUCUUUGAUUUGAUUUUCAAUAAUAUAUAAUUACUGCAUAUUACUGUGUUUUGUUAACUGGUUUAGGGCUGUUUCCAGUUAUAAAUGUGUUCAAUUUAGUAAGUUACAUGAACACUAUCAAGAGUGGGCAUGCUUGACAUUACUUUAGUCACACCAAUAGCUGCAUUGAUGCAUUUUUACACUGUCUUACUGAAACUUGCAUUCUGUAUGAUCCAAAUUGCAGGAAAUGAGAUAUUCGUUGAGCUAAUACUUUGACAUAUGAAAUAUCUUUUUGGACUUACACAUUCUUAUCUUCUACUGAAUAUGACCCACAAAGUACAGUUACGGUACUUACCCCCUUUAAAAAAAAAAAAAGUUUCUAUUUUAUUAUUUGUUCAUUUUCAUUUACUUUGUUCUUACUCAGACUGUGUUCUGUGACUUUUUUUUUAUUUUUUACAAUUAAUACUGUUGAUAAAUAACUGCAAUAGCUGUUACCAGACUGAUGUUUGAUACAGAAGGAGUAGAACUAUUCACAUGUUUGAUACAGAAGGAGUAGAACUAUUCACGUUUGUUGUAAAUUAUCAACAGGUUCCAAAAGAACUGAUUUAAUGCAACAACAGAAUGUAAAUGUUUGUGUUACUGGUGACCUUGCAGGUUUCCCUUCUACCCAUAUACACAAGUAAACAAAUCCUCUAGCAUUGUCAAAAUACUACAGUAACCCAAUACAGAAAGUACUGUAAGGUGUUUGGACAAUCAAUACUAUAUAACAGAAUUGUUAAUUAAACAUGUCAUUGCUUUAUGUAAUUCCUAGAACUGGGUAACGAAAAGUACCAAACAUAUAGGUGGAAAAUUGCAUCACGGGCGUUUCUAUCAAGCUGUGGCGCUGAAGUAACAUAUUUCUACACUGUGAUUUUCAUGUUCAGUUUCUUUCAUGCACCAUUUUGUUUUCAAUGUGUGGGUUCAUUGAUAGUAAAUGAAAUGCUGCUGCUGGAAUCCCACUCCACUGAAAGGAUUGAUUUUAACGGCACUGAUUUGAGCAAAUAAACCUGUGAUCUUUAAUAAACCUGUUCAUUCUGAAAA